CACCACCCCAGAUCCGCUUCUCCUUUGCAGCUGCCCCACCGCCUACACCUUCCUGCCACAGAGUUGCUGGCCCGUGGGCCGGGGCUGGGAAGGCAGUGGUCCAGGGCUCCUCAAGGUCGGGCAACUUAGGGUUCUGUGUGAGUCCUUGGGGUUCCCUGAUCCAGAAAGUUGGGAGCCAGCCUUGCUCCCCUCAUUCCAUAGCAUUACUGGCUCCUCCUGAACAAUGGCUAGAUGGUUCACCUGCCCUGGACCAUAGUGGCAGCCUCUUUGCUGCUCCGCUCACCUGUCCAGUCUCUAACGUCACAGCUGCCAGAGACACGGGGUCCCCUCUAAAGCUCUACUUAGAAUCUCUCCCUCCACUCAGACACCUCCUCACGGCUCAUCUGCAGCCGCAGGAACUCCCUCCCUCCACAGCACCCCCAAGGUCAGAGGCCAUGCCUGUACCCAGAGCAAGCUCCCCCUUUCACCUCUCUAUACCUGUGCCUCUGCCUGGAAGGUUUUCCUCCCCCUUGCAGCUGCUAAAGAUCCACUCCUGUCCCCAAGCCUUCUCCCUGUCCCCUGGACAGUUACUCUUUCCUCUGUGCCCCCAGCCCUAGAGUGCUUAGGGGGCUGGUAUGGCCCACCAGAAGGCACUAGCCUGCAUCCAUGCUGAAGCCUUCUGUCAGCCGCUGCCCUGAGAUGUCAAGGAAGGAAAGCCCAGGGAGCCUCUGUGUGUGUGUGUGUGACUCAGUCUGACAGACACGGGGUGAGAGACAGGUGGGGGAACCCAAACACUGAGGAGUAGAGACAGACAGGAGGGGCCUCAGUGAGACAUAGGUGUGAGCAGCCCAGGACACACACAGUCCUGGGGGAAAAAAGUCAGGGUGGGUGGGCCGCCUACUUGGCUUCGGUCUGUCUGUCCAUCUCUUGAUCUGAAUCUCCUUCCUGCUUAGGAUCUGGAGACCGAGCCGUCCCUGGACCCUUGUCUGUCCUCCCCCCAUACACCCUCUGUGCCUUCCACUCCAGCCAGGGGUUCCUUGCUAACAGAGAUCUGACUGUCCCUGCUUAAAGCUUUCUGUGGCUCCCCAGCCUUCAGGCCAGUGUCUGAGCUCCUUAACCCACAGUCAAGGCCCCAGGCCUGCCCUCUGAUCCUGGCACUCCCUGGCCUUCGUACCUGGGCCUUGAGGCCUUUGCUUACACUAGCCCUCUUCCCUAUCAUGCUCCCCUAGACAUCACUCCAUUCUAGCAAACGACUCAUUCUCUCCACAAAGCCUUCCUGGGCCCUCCAGCUCUCCAGCCCUCCGUGGUGCUGACCUGCACUGGCUGCCGUGAGGCAUGUCUCUCCCGUCACCACCCCCAGUGUUGGCACUCAGGAUGUGUUUGGUGAACUGAACCAGCUCUGUCUGAGAAGGGCAGGAGGGCUCCCCAGAGAAGGAGGCAGGUGGGGUGCGGAGUGAGACGGCUGGUGGGGAUCACCUGGGGCUAUGGGCUGGCCUGGGGAGUAGGACAGAGGAGGCCCGCCGUGGGAGGUGGGGGAGGGGGCAUCCUCCGCUGGCCAAGAGCAGGCCGGGAUGUGAGCCCCAGCCCUGUCCGAGUGCCCAGCAGAGGGCCCUCCCAGCCGGACGAUGGCUGAGCGGGUGAAUGGAGAAACCACAGGUAGAAAGAGAAGGUCUGGGGUGCAGGGCCCUAGCGCCCAGGCUGAGAGUGGUCCCACCCCAGCGGUCCCACCCCAGCAGGCAGGAGGGCGGAGCGAGGGUAGUGGGCGGUGGCCCCUCCUGGUUUCCUCCCCCUGGGGCAGCAGAGGCGACUCAGUCCCAGCUGGGUGUGUGUUGGUAACAACAGCAUGAGGCGAGGGGCCAGGAGCCGGAGAGAUGGGGACGGGCUGGUCCCCACGCAGUGCUUCCAGGCCGAGUGCUUUGACAAGCUGGUCCGCAAAUGCAUAGACUGCAAGCUCCUCCGGACGCCGAAUCCUACACCGGCCUCGCUUCCCUCUGACCCCCCCCUGCCCCCCCCUACCCCUCCGCCAGCGACGGGGAUGAGCAGCCUGGAGCCCAGGACAGCGCUGCAGCCGCAAGAGUCGGUGGGCGCGGGGGCCGGCGCCUGGGCGGAGACAGCGCUGCAGCUCCCCGCGCUCCUCUUCGUCGUCCCCGCGCUGCUGGGCCUGGCGCUGGCCCUGGUCCUGGUGGCCCUGGUGGCCCUGGUGAGCUGGAGGCGGCGACAGCGGCGGCUUCGCGCGCCGGUUCCCCCGGAGGCCCGCGACACAGAACAGGACGAACCCCUGAAUAGUGUCACCAUCCUCUCCUCUGGACCCCUUGAUGCCACAUCUCCUAUCUGGCCUUCACCCAGAGAAGACCCAGCCACCACCCCACCUGCCCACAGCGUCCCUGUGCCAGCCACAGAGCUGGGCUCCACUGAGCUGGUCACCACGAAGACAGCUGGCCCUGAGCAAUAGUAGCAACAAAAGGGACAAGAGGUGGCCCCUGCCCUCUGUGGACUGCCAGCCAGGGAUUCGGAGGUUUGAAUUUGGCUUUUCACCCCACCUGCCCCUUUUCUGGGAGCCAGGCUGCUCCCGAGCACAUCCAGCAGAACCACAGACAUGGCAGAUCAGAGGGUUCAGCCAGCACCAUGUCCUAUGGCAGGUCAGCGUUUGGCUUAAAAUCCUACCAUCUUUGGAAGCCACUGAAGGUUGUGACUGAGCUCCUGUGUUUUUGAGUAGUUGGGGCACUUUGAGUAGGAGGCUUCUCUUUUAGAGUGCGGAAGCCACCAUUAAGCUGAAAUGAAUCUAGGAAAAGAAUCGAGUGGGAGGAUGCCUAAUUUAUAGCUAGGUGUUGUAUCUCUUUAAUACUUUGUCUCAAGAGCUGUCCUACUUUUCAACUGAUGCAAAUGGCAGGAAUGAUUAAACACAAAACCAAACCAAACGAAAAACCAAUUGAUGGGUUUGCUUUGGGAUAUAAUACAAGAUCAUUUGUUAAGAGUAGGCUUAAGAGCACGAGCUCUGAGCAACAGGGCCGCUGGUUUGAUUGCCACAUGGGCCAGUGACACUGCAUCUAAGCUG